AUGAUGAAUUGGGAGCCCGUCUACCAACUGAAAAUUCGAAUUGAAAAAGGUGUCCCUAGCGCUUCCACUCCAUCGAUCCUGAAGGAAUUGUGUCCAGAUGCGGAACUACUGAAUGAGGACAAAUUAAAGACGAUUGAGGACAAUGAAGGAAUUGGAGCGGACUUUGGGGGUGAACGGAGAGGGGAGGUGGGAGGUUGGGAUGGUUGGGUGGUAGGGGAACUGAACGAGUUGCAGAUUGACACAUGCGUGAAUGCUCUUUACGAAGAUUGUAUUGAAUAA